AUGGAGCACCUGGGUCCCCACCAUCUCCACCCGGGCCACGCGGAGCCCAUCAGCUUCGGCAUCGAUCAGAUCCUCAACAGCCCGGACCAGGGUGGCUGCAUGGGGCCCGCUUCGCGCCUCCAGGACGGAGAAUACGGCCUUGGCUGUUUGGUUGGAGGCGCCUACACUUAUGGUGGCGGGGGUUCCGCCGCUGGGGCGGGGGCCGGGGCCACAGGAGCUUACGGCGCCGGUGGCCCGGGCGGUCCCGGCGGCCCGGCGGGCGGCGGCGGCGGUGCCUGCAGCAUGGGCCCACUGGCCGGCUCCUACAACGUGAACAUGGCCUUGGCGGGAGGCCCUGGUCCGGGCGGCGGCGGCGGCAGCGGGGGCGCUGGCGGCGCGGGGGCGCUGAGCGCUGCCGGGGUGAUCCGGGUGCCCGCGCACAGGCCGCUGGCCGGAGCGGUGGCCCACCCCCAGCCCCUGGCCACUGGCUUGCCUACUGUGCCCUCUGUGCCUGCGGUGCCGGGUGUCAACAACCUCACUGGCCUCACCUUCCCCUGGAUGGAGAGUAACCGCAGAUACACAAAGGACAGGUUCACAGGUCACCCCUAUCAGAACCGGACGCCCCCUAAGAAGAAGAAGCCGCGCACAUCCUUCACGCGCCUGCAGAUCUGUGAGCUGGAAAAGCGCUUCCACCGCCAGAAGUACUUGGCUUCGGCGGAGCGCGCCGCUCUGGCCAAGGCGCUCAAAAUGACCGAUGCGCAGGUCAAAACCUGGUUCCAGAACCGGCGGACGAAAUGGAGGCGGCAGACAGCAGAGGAGCGUGAGGCCGAGAGGCAGCAGGCGAACCGCAUCCUCUUGCAGCUGCAGCAGGAGGCUUUCCAGAAGAGCCUGGCGCAGCCCUUGCCCGCAGACCCACUGUGCGUCCACAACUCGUCGCUCUUUGCCCUGCAGAACCUGCAGCCGUGGUCUGACGACUCCACCAAAAUUACCAGCGUCACGUCGGUGGCUUCGGCCUGCGAGUGA